AUGGACGAGACCACCCGAGGCUUUCUAGCCCAGGCUAUCCGGGACGCACUCACGUCUUCUGGAAUCGACUACAACGAAGGGUACAUUGAUUCUUUGAUUUCUAAAGUCGAUAAUGACAUCCUGCAGGCUUAUCUGGCGAGCCAGGAUGGCAACACAGAAGAGUCUCCGUUACGAACAACCGACUCAGAUUUACAAACGCCUCCGGCUUCACUACACAGAGGACUGGAUUGUCAAAAUAUAACUCAACAGCCUAAUAACGACCAUGUGAAAGGUGCCCACCUUUUGGAUCUCCCCGUCGACAGUUCCUCGUCCUAUCAAGCAGACUCCGCGUACACGUUGAAAGCAAUGUCAUCCAUAUUUUUUGAAUGCGCGAGGGUGAAUUUCGCUAUUGCUCUAUACGGGCAUCCAACGAGCGGUGCCCCAACAACAACCAAGCCUGACAAGAUCCGGAAAUAUGUUGAUGAGAUCUCAGAAUUUGAUUAUGAGAAGGCAAUUGACGUCAUCCGGAGAGAUAAUGCUUUGGCUACGGGUAAGGGUCUGCAAAAUCGAUACAAUGAAACAAUUUUCUGGAAGAUCAUUCUCAAGGGUGCUGCGUUGAUCGAUCAUUCAAAGCUACCAACCGCGAAAGGACCGGCAGACGGAUUUACCAUGGCAGAAAAAGCUGCAACCAAGAAAUUCAUGGAAGAUGCUGGAUACGGGUUGGGUGCAGAAAACCAACGGCAAUGCCGUAUUUUCUGGAAAAACCUCUUCCAAAUGCGUGAAGCUGGUAUUGACAAAGUCCUCUAUUACCGCACCAAAGAAUUCGACAGCUAUUGUAAGGGAUAUCCGAAGACGUCAAGGAUCUCCCUCGUGGAUGCAGAAAUGAAGUGGGAGACCCAACAUAGACCUUACAUCGAACAACUCGAAACACGGGCUCUCAGACUCGCGAAAGGUGACCUCAUGCGCCUGUCUGAUCUUGAGAACCCCCAGUUGUAG